GGGGGGUCCAGAGGUAUCUGGGAUGUACUUGCACUACUGCUGCAGUUUUUUCAGUGCAAGUUCCUAGGGGAUGGAAUUGUUGAGGGAUAUCUUGGCAAGUAUGAAGCAUGAAACAAGCCUCAUUUGUGCUUUAUGAAUUACAAGCAGUUUUGCUGAAAGCAAGCUGUUUCCCAGAUCAACCAAGUACGUGUUUUUAGAACGGGUUACUUCUUCAACGUCACGUCCCCUUAGGGUCUCUGACACUUCACCAAUUCCUGCAUGACAGGGAGAAAAAACAAAGGGCUCAGGUACAAGAGGAGGGGAAAAUCUUUCAAGACAACUGAAUAUAGACGUCCUCCUGGAAAAGUGGAAACAAGCAGAAAUCUCCAGAUGCUGGUGCACCUCCAAAUGCUUAUCUUUACAACUUCAGAUUGUGUAAAAACCUGAUGAAAAAUGAGUAUGAAUCAAAGACCAGGGCUUUCUGCUUCACUUUUCAGUACUGCUGACAUAUCACUUGCCUGUUUGGGGCAUAUUCAACUCUGUUCAGGUUUCCAGAGGUGUCACCAGCCAGGCUAAGUCAUGGAGCAUUUCUGGAGGACAUGGUGGUCAAGCCUUAUACAUAAACCUACCUCAGCUGGUUAAAAAGUCCCACUUGGCCCAUCUGUGUGCCUAGCUGAAACCAUCCUGAGCUAUUCUGGGGCUCCAGAGGUGCUCAGAGCCCUCAGCAGGUCCCUUCCCGCCUCCCCGCCCGGCUGCCCCUCAGCACUUCCCGCCGCUGCCAUUGCCCCUCAGGUUCCCGCCUCACCUCAGCACCUGCCACCCCUCAGGGCUUCCCCUGCGAUGUUCCAGGGCCGCCGUGCCUGGUUCUCCCGCAGCGUCCAGCCCGGCCCUCAGCAGCUGUGGGUGGCUGGCGGAGGGCUGCUCACCCGCUGGCGGGAUGCCGACUACCUCUUCAGCAGUGAUGCCGCCCACCCCGACACCCGCAGAAUACACAAGAGCCUGGAGUACUUGGAUGGCAGAGCUACAGUUUUCCAUUGCUGCUACCUCUCUGCAUGGGCAAACACCAGUGCAGAAAUGAAGGAGUCAGUGGUUCUGGGCCACUUUGUUCUGCCUCCUGCCUGCCUGCAAGAAGAAAUCAGAAGAAAAACUGGUGGCUUUAUUUGGGAGCAGAUGGAUGAUUCCCUUGCAGAACAGCAGAGACCUAAUGAAGAUCUUCAACCUAAUGAAGAUCUGCCGGACGAAGCAGAGAUGGUGAGAAAAGACUGCAAGCAAGAUGUGAGGGAGGAUGUACUGAACCUGCCUGAAAGCAGUGAAGAAAACCCAGGCUCAAGAGCAUCGACCCAGGGGGAAUUUUCAUACCAUGCACUUAAGGAAUACCCGAUGAAUAACAUGGUGACAGGCUACACCUCUGCUCGUGACAUGAAGAAGUACGUUGGAGAGCUACGUGAUUUCAUUCCUGGCACCUCGGGUUACACAGCAUACUGGAUUCAAAAUGAAAUCAAAGUUUACUCUGAUGUGAAAACUAAAAUGAAAAGAAAAUUGUAAGUAACAGGAGGCUGUUCUCAUCAAAAGCUUAACUGAGUGCUGCCAAAAUGCUGUCAGCCAUGUACGGCGAUUCAAUUCUGUUUAGCAACAUCCCGUAGUUAGAUUCUCUGACACCUUACUUACUUUUCUGCAGGCUUAUGGUUAUUUUUACUGUCAGUCAGUCUGUGUUCUCACCGUGUUUCAGUUAAAUAGUGAAGAGAUUGGUGGUAUUGAGCUGAGAAUUCUGUGGUUAAAUCUCUGUGGUGUUUGGGAGAAUUUAUAAAUUAGCCCUGUUCGGUUCAUCCUGACUACAGCUCAGCAUGUUCAGUGUACAUUUAAAUACCUGGCUACAUUUGUUGUAAACAUUUUAUUCCUAACUAUUUAAAACAAAUUCCACAGAACACACAAAUAUAGACGCAUCUCCAAAAGACCAAACCCUUUGCCUUUUUAUUUGUAUGGAGUACUUAAGUCAGUCGACCCAUGGCUGCAAACAGCAGCCUUGGAAGAACACGCAGGGCGGAGAAGGAAGUGGGCUUCUCAUCACAGCCCUGCCUGUAGGACCCAGCGCCCCACCAGACC